AGUUAACUCAUGUAUCCUGCCACAGUUUACUAACAGGUUAUGGAGAAUGAUUAUCGAAUGCAGCAACACAAAGUUCAAAGUUUUAGUAAAGUGUAGGUUUUACACUGAAACAUUUCUAACGCAAUGUCCGUUUCAGUUCGGUCACUUGUGCGUUGUGUAAAGUUCCGCCGGGUCUCAGAGAGAAUCCGCCAUGACGGGGGUUAUUUGCGUGUGGCGGAACAGCUGAGGCUUUACCAUGGCGGAAGCAGCGCGGCGGCUCGGGGCUCAGGCUCCUGGCACACGGUGGAUCUCCGCAGUGACACGGUGACUGAACCGGGAGACGCCAUGCGCAGUGCCAUGGCACAGGCCAGGGUCGGAGAUGAUGUAUUCGGCGAAGAUCCCACCGUUAAUGAACUGCAGAAAGUGGUAGCUGAUAUGUUUGGCAUGGAGGCAGCUUUGUUUGUACCCACAGGAACAAUGAGCAAUCUGAUUGCAGUCAUGGUGCACUGCAGAGAGAGGGGAGAUGAGAUGAUCGUAGGGGAUCUCUCUCAUCUGCACAUCUAUGAGCAGGGAGGGAGUGCACAGCUUGCCGGUGUACACUCCACCACACUCACGACUCUGGCUGAUGGAACAUUUGAUCUGGAGCAGCUGGAAUCAAAGAUCCGCCAUGGCUACCCUGAUGCACACUACCCCCGCUCACGCCUGGUGUGUGUAGAAAACACACACAACAUUAUGGGUGGACGUGUUCUCCCUGUCUCCUUCCUGCAGCAGCUGCACUCUAUUGCAGAUAAGUAUGGACUUGCUGUGCAUAUGGAUGGCGCUAGGCUGAUGAACGCAGCAGUGGCACUGGGUUUACAUCCCUCUGUCAUACUCAAACACUGCCACACAGUCAGUGUGUGUCUGUCUAAGGGAUUAGGAGCACCUGCUGGUACCAUGCUUGCUGGGUCUAAAGAGUUCAUCCAGAGAGCAGUCCGUGCUCGUAAAGCACUGGGAGGUGGAAUGCGCCAGUCAGGUAUUUUAGCUGCAGCUGGAAAGAUUGCCCUGUUGGACAUGAUGGCUAGACUGGAGGAGGACCACAGGAAUGCCAGGACCUUUGCCAGAGCUCUGACAGAAUGUGAUCCUCCUUUGUACCAUGUGGACUUGGCUUCUGUUGAAACCAACAUAGUGCGUUUCUGUUUGCGAGUUCCUGGGCUGAGUCCAACUGGUUUCUGUGAGCUGAUGGAGGAAGUGAGCGAGGAGGAGGUUGACACUCUGGACCAGGGUGUACGUGUGCUCAUGUUUCCUCACGUCGGGGGUACAGUGAGAGCUGUGUGGCACCUCGGCAUCAGCGAGGAGGACACUCAGCUAGCUAUAAAGAAAGCCCAGUUUGUGGCUCAACGGUUUAGGUUAAAGUCAGCAAGAGACAGAUGAAAGCAAGGGAAGACAUCUUCAAUGAUCAUUGUUUACUUCAAUUAAGAAGUGCUGUGAGGCAUUCUGAACCAAAUUAGCAAACAUUUGUAUUACACACCAGCACUUUAAAUUCUUUUUACAUCAAUUAAAUUUCUCUAGUAUAAUAUUAAUUUAUAUUUCAAUUGUAAUAGUGAUUUACACUUGUAUAAAGCCUAUAAAUGUUUUAGUCUAAUUUAAGCGCAACAAUUUAUGUGGAUUUGAAAUAAUACAGAAUUUUAGACAUCUGUCUCAUCUGCCUAUUUAAAUAAGCAAUAGUUUAAACAUAAAACCAUGUAACUUAUUGUUUGGUUGCUAGAUAGCAUUUUAACACUUAAGAUUUUAACUUGUUAAAGACAUCUGAAGAUGGAAUAAUGUAAGUUGAGACUUAAUGUAAUACCAGAUUAUAAUAUAAUAUACAUUAUUAUAUACAGAACGGGUUUUUAACAUAACAGUGAGAUAUGGUUAUUACUUUAAGCUUCAAAUUAUUGUAGUUCAUGUUUUAUAUACAGUGGGGGUCCAAAAGUCUGAGAGCGCUAGUGAAAAUGCUUCAAAACAAUUUAAUUACAAAUUAUAUUAUUGACAACAACUUGAACAUAAAGUAGAAUUUUUGAAAUAUUUAAAUGAAUUUCAGAGAUUCUUAUUGUUUUGUAUGUCCCCUUUUUGCUUUAAUGACAGUGUGCACUCGAGUUGGCAUGGACUCCACAAGUUUGUGCAAAACCCUGUGAUCCAUUUUAGAUCAAAUCCAUCACAGUGUUGUCUAAACAAACACUUCACUAGAACAGAUUAGGCAUAAGGAAAAUCUGAUCUUUUGUACUAAGCAGUUAAUACGGUAAAUAUAACACAUUUGCUUACAUUUAAAUAGGGACCUAGAAAUAGUGAAGAAUCUUGAAUAUUAAAUAUUACUUUUUUGGUUUUAAAUAUUUAAAAAUUCUAAAACCUUCGGUUUGUUAACAAUUUUAAAAUGGAAAAAAAAAAUCCCUGAUUUUUUUAGUGUGGUAUUAGACUUUUGGAACUGUGUAUAUAUACAUAUAAAACAAUAUAAAAGAUGUUCUCUGUAACUCUUCAGUGGUAAUAAGAUUGUCCUGUAGCACACAUAAUGAAGCAUUUUUCUUUUGGGAAUAAUGAGUCUGUCACCAAGGUUUGCAUAUUAAGUACCAUAUAACACAUGUCCCAUAAACACACACACACACACACUCAUUCUGGAGAUGGAUUGUCUUAAUGACCAGGGGGAUAUUGCAUUUGCUGUGCUGCAUCUCAAACCAGUCCGGAGCCACACACUAGUCACACUGAGCGCAGCUGCAUUACAAGACGAGCUUCACAAGUGUCGGAGUUAAUGAAAUUCUAUGUACAAAAUAUCCAUAAAUAGUAUUGCACUAUAUCUACUUUCUAAUUAAAUACACCUUGGAUGUGUGCAUAGAAUUAAUGGUUAGAACAAUAGUUGCCUAUGGCAACAAUGUGUGGUGCCAAGGCAACAAUGUUCCAAUGCCAUAACCACGUGAAUAAACAUCUCUUUUCAAUAAA